UUUUUUAAUAUUUCGAUAAGCAAUUCUCACGACACAUUUCUUUUAUUUAUUUAUAUUAUUCCAUACAAUGUUUAUGCUGCUGCCACUGAGUUAAGCGGAAUUUUUACAAUUUGUUCACAAUCACUUUUUUGCUUUCAAAGUAUUAUUUUGUCUUAAUUGCUGAAGUUAAAGCGAGCCACGAUCCGUGCACACCUCUUUAUUUAUCCAACUUUCAUAUCGAAUUGUCAUCUGAAAGAUACAAUUCGCUGCCAAAUCAUUCUUGCCGCCGAAUACAAUCCACAACUGUGCAAAUUACAAUUAGUUAUUUUCUUCGAUUUCCUUAUGAAUCCAUUCGCACCAGGGACGCAAUUCAGCACACAACAACACACAGUGGAACAUAGAUUUUCAUAUUUUAAUUUUAAAUAAAUCUAAAUAUAAACAAGAAAUCUGUUUCACAUUGAAAUUCCUUUCGGGUCGAUAAAAAUAAAAUAUCAUUAAAAUUAUUUUAAGAACUCUAAAAUAAAGUCACAUGAUUCACCCUGUUUACAUUACUGACUUGGGAAUCAGCUGUUUAGCUGACACGCGCAAACAAAUGUUUGACGUUUGCAUUUACAUUGUAGAUAUUGUAUUUAGCUAUUACGAUUUUUCGUAAUUAAAAGGAAGAAACGUUAAAAUGAAAGGCCAUCCAACAAAAGAAGUUACACAAUUGAUCCACGAAAUCAAAAACGGUAAUGUGGAAGGUUCUUACAACAUAACGGCAAAGACGCUACAAGUAUUUAAGAAAAUCAUAAAUGGCCAAAGAUGGGCUAAUGCAGACGAACUCAUGAAUUUAGUGCGCACACAGGGGCACAUACUGCAAUCCGCAAUUCCACAAGAGACUGUAACAGCCAACAUUGCACGACGUAUACUUAAAUUGAUACGCGAAGAGUUUGAUUUACUGAAAGCAAAGGUGUAUCAAUUCACAGAUGACCAAGCUUCAAUGUCCUUGCACAAGCUUGUUACACAAACAAGUAAUGAUGUUAGUGUCGAUUAUACUGAACCACAACAGGGAUUGCGUGAAGCGCUGUUGGAUCACCUGCAAGAAAUGGAAACCGAGUUGGAGACAAGUUCCGAAAAUAUUUGCGCACAAGCUGAAGAGCACAUACACUCCUCUGAGGUUAUACUCACAUUGGGACACUCGCGUAGUGUUGAAAACUUUUUGAAGCGUGCUGUUAAGAAGCGCCAAUUCCUUACCAUAAUUAUAGCUGAGUGUGCGCCCGAUUGCAGAGGUCAUAACUUGGCAGCUAGCUUGGCAACGGGAAAUGUCGAAAUAAUUGUCAUACCUGACUCCGCCAUAUUCGCAAUGAUGUCACGCGUCAACAAAGUCAUAAUUGGUACGCAUAGUGUGCUUGCAAAUGGUGGGCUGCGUGCCGCUUGCGGUUCCUACACAGUAGCACUGGCCGCCAAACAUUACUCCGUGCCUGUUAUAGUACUCUCACCCAUGUACAAAUUAUCACCCGUACAUUUAUGUUCAAUCGAACAGGAUGCAUUCAAUUUAGUAGGCUGUGCGGAAGAUGUUAUCGAAUAUGAUUCCUUAGCAUCACAUUCUGCCAAAGUUUAUAGCCCUAUAUUUGACUAUGUGCCACCAGAGCUAGUGACACUGUUUAUUUCAAAUAUUGGCGGUCAUGCACCCUCGUACGUCUAUCGACUUUUGACUGAACUAUACAAUCCUGAGGAUUAUGAGAUGUAAAACGAAAAUAGCUCUAUUUUUUUUUUAUAAAUUAACAAACCCCUAGAGUAAGCAUUUUAAGCUUUCGCUAAACUAAAGCUCAAAUAAGCAGAAUAAAGAAAAGAAGAAAGCUGAUUGUGUUGUGAAA